AUGGCUCCCAGCGCUCAAGAGAUUCGAAACCUUCUCGAGGUUCACAUCGCCCAAGAUCUUGCUGAAAAGGCAGGGAACUCGGGAAAGCUUCAGCAGCCCGGACAUAUAACUAACCACUUCCACGACAAUGUUGAAUUCCACAUCAACGGCCAUGAAUUCCCACACGCUACCCAAUUGAAGGGUGCUGAAACUAUCAAGGGGGAGAUAGUUGAUGGUGGUCUUUCUGAUAUUCCCAACGUCAUCGAUUACUCCAAGCCUCACGAUUGUCAAAUCCUACAAGUGAUUGGUGGCGGCCCAGAGAGUGACUGGGCUGCCGCUGUGAUUAAGGCUACGGCAACGACUAUCACAGGCAAGCCAUUCAACCACGAAUCAGUCAUGACUUUCCAAUUCGAUAACAGCGGCAAGAUCAUUCACCUAAAGAACUAUGCCGACACCCUCCAUGUUCACAAUAUCCUCCAGGACAUCUGA